AUGCGCUCCAAGUUCAAGGACGAACACCCCUUCGAGAAGCGCAAGGCUGAAGCUGAGCGCAUCCGCCAGAAGUACGCGGAUCGUAUCCCGGUCAUCUGUGAGAAGGUCGAGAAGUCGGACAUCGCAACUAUCGAUAAGAAGAAGUAUCUGGUGCCGGCAGACCUCACCGUCGGACAGUUUGUCUACGUUAUCCGCAAGCGCAUAAAGCUCUCUCCGGAGAAGGCUAUCUUUAUCUUCGUCGACGAGGUUCUGCCGCCUACUGCAGCUCUCAUGAGCAGCAUCUAUGAUGAGCACAAAGACGAGGAUGGUUUCCUGUACAUCACGUACUCUGGAGAGAACACUUUCGGUGAUUGCUGA